AAAAACUCGUACAAAUUAAAAAAAAAAAACUAGGGUUUCAAAAAUCAACAGAAUCUAAAAUUUGAAUCAGUCACUAAAAAAUUCUAACGUAAAAUGGAAAUUCAUAGCGCAACCAGAACCAGCAGUAACACAGCAAGAGGAGUGAUCGAAGAGAACAUUUUAGCUAUAAUCGAAAAUAUCGAUUCCAAAGACACUCAACACACUAACGACGACAGAGUCGCUUUUUUGCAAGCGGUUCGUGCGGCUUCUUUUGAUCAGAAUAAUGGAGGACCUCCGACGAACAAAAUGCGUGAGGCGGUUUUUCAAAUACUUAGGGUUGGGAAAUCUUUAGAACUGAUCAUGGAGAGUUAUUAUCUUCUGAUUGAGCUUGAUAAGCGUUUUCCGAGAGUUCAUUUAUCGGAUAUAAAUGCAUCAUCAGAGUUUGAGCCGGUAGCGGUUGAAGAGGCUUGGUCGCCUUUUCUUUUUAGUUUGGAUGUCAACUGUAGUGAGAGAGAAACUGCUGGAAAAAGCUCUAGUGGACCAUUUGAUUCUUCGACUUUCCAUACGUUAAUACAAGAUCUAGUUGAAGUUGCCAACGAAACUGACAUUGACAAGUUAGAAACAAAGACACUGGGAAAGAUGUUGCUGUUUCAGUAUCUUAUCUAUGUUCUUGAAGGAGAUUUUUUACCACGUAAUAAAGCUUAUGUAGAAACCAUGAAUUGGAUGCUUGUGCGAGAGUCUUUGCUCAGCGUGCUUCUGAGUUCAAGAAGAAUAAACUUCAAAGUCAUGCUGAAGGACUGUUUGUCCAUCAUGUCAGGGCUUUGUCAAGAUUCUGAUAAAUAUACUGCAAAACCAUCUCAAAAUGGAAAUGCUGCUUUAACAUUUGCUUUACCAGAAGUGGGCAGGAAUACUUGCAGUGCUUUGCAAAAAUUGCUGACAAUGAUUAUGGAGCUUGACGUGUCUAGGAAGAAAGCAGACGCACAAGGUUGCACUACUAGAGCCGAUGGUGUGAGGACCCCUGCGAUAGAAAUAAUUCUAGAUGAACUAACUUAUGAUAGUGAUAUGCUUUCCCAUUUCCUUCAGAUAUUCAAAGAGCCUAAAUGGAAGAUGGAAAUAAUUUUGCUGUAUUUCUCAAAAUACAAUGCCAAGCCCUCAGUUCGUACUCGGAGGUUAAAUAGUGCAAAGAAGGAUGACGGGACAUUCAUUGGAGUUCUAAAAUGCUUUUCAAAUGUCAAUAGCACAAGAAGUAUUACUAAAAAGAUCAAACCAGAUGUGGUUCAGAUGCUUCUGGCACAUGCUUUUCAGGCUCAUCUGUCAUUAGGUUUUGAGGACAAAGAGGGAAGUAACUCUCUUGAGGAAAUAUGCGAGAACAUAAUCUCUGCAUUCACCAUUUUGAAAAGAACAUAUGAAAACAUGGAGAUUUUGCCUUUUGGAAAGGAAGUAAUUUUUACUGCAGCAACUCUUCUCUCAAUCAAAUCGUAGAAUUUUCUGCAUCUGAACUUUUAAAAGGUGCAGGAAAAAUGAUCCAAUAUUUUACAACAGCAUCUCGUUUAGGCGCUUGCUUUUCCAUUAUUUUAUAUUUCAUUCCCGAUUUUUAGAAAUUCAAUCUUAAUUGUACGGUGCCUGUGUAAUUAGGUGGCCUAUUAUCAGCUAAAACGUUUUUGUAAAUGACUAUUCGGCAGUAUUAUCAUUUGAUACUCUCUUCUUUUUACUGAUAAUGAGUCACUCAUCUCUAUAUUGUUAAUAUUUCA